CCUGGAUCGAGACUCCUGCAGUUCAGAGUUAAUACUCCGUGAUGAACAGAUCUGUGAUGGAGUUGAACUUGUCACUGAUGGAUUCAGAGUUUGACAUGGAUAACUGCACUUACCAAGCAGCGUGGGAUUGGAUCUCAUCAUUCCAGCCUUUAUGGCUAUCGAUAAUUAGCAUCUUCGGGCUGGUGGGAAAUGGUUUAGUCCUGUUGGUGUUCUACAUGCAGAGGAACCCGUGCUCCGUUGCUGACGUGUACCUGGGGAACCUGGCGUUGGCCAACCUGGUCAUGGUUCUGUGUCUUCCCUUUUGGGCCGUGACCAUUGCUCAGGAUUAUGCGUGGAGCUUCGGAUACACGCUCUGUAAGCUAAUCAAUACGGCUAUCUCCAUGAACUAUUUCUGCAGCAUCCUCUUCCUGGUUCUGGUUAGCAUAGAUCGCUAUUUGGCGCUUGCCAGAACGAUGACUCGAAGCAGACUGAGGCGCUCAUCCUGGGCCAAGUGGAUUUGUUUGGGAAUUUGGAUUAUCGGAUUCCUGGCUAGCAUUCCAACAUUACUCUUCCGUGGCGUACGCUACUUUCCAGACCUCGGCAUCCAUGCUUGCUUCUUGAGCUACCCUCAUCCAGGCUGGAGGGUCCAGAGAAACCUGAGCAUCAACGUGCUUGGAUUUGCGAUACCGUUACCGAUCAUCGUGUUCUGCACUUAUCACAUCGUUAAAGCUCUUAAAGACAGUGAUAUCAGGUUCGUCCCUGGAGUCCGGACAGAAAAACGAGCCACUCAUCUGGUGCUAACGGUUCUGGCUGUGUUUCUGUUCUGCUGGACGCCGCACCAGGUCGUACGUCUGCUGGAUACACUGGAAUAUUAUCAGAUCACGCCUGGAGGAUGUUUAUUUGAGCAUGUCUUAGACAUUAGCGAGCAGUGUUCCACCUACCUGGCGUAUGCUGACAGCGCGAUUAACCCAUUCUUGUACGUGGUCGUCGGGAAACACUUCAGGAAACGAGCUAAAGGUGUGUUUAAACAGUUUAUCACUCCCGGAUGGAAGGACAGCACUCCUAACGGCACACUAGCGAGCAGGUGCAGCGAAAGCCGUAAAGACUCGAUUUUAAUCGAUAAAAGAGUCAUAGCAUCUGUACACAUCUUAUCAACACAACUUACACAUGUAAACACACUGCCGGGACUGUGA